AUGCAUCCAGCCGAUGCGCCGAAGCUCUGGAUUCAGGAGUCCCCGGACGGCGUUGGAACGCGCAUCCACAACAUGAUCAUGGGGAUGGCUGUUGCGGCCAAGAACGGCAUGAACACUGCGGGCUUCGUCUCGAUCCCGUUCGAGUGCCCGAUCAGGGUCUAUCAUGGCGCCCCGUACGGCGUCGACCCGAAGAUUGUGUAUGACUUCUUCUUCGGGCUGAACUCCACGGACCUGUUCGUGAACAGAAGGCAGCCCCACGUGACCAAGUACGCAAACAUGGCGGAGCUGGAGAAGUACUGCACCGAUGUGGUCCCCCUCGGCAAGCCCGACCCGCUCGCGCCCGGGAGCCAGAGCAUGCUCGACCAGUCCGACGUCCUCAUGCAGUUCGGCGCCCUGCGCACCACGAAGCCGCAGAUCCUGCAGUACCUGACGAAGGACCGGACUUCGUCGGCACCCUCCGGGCCAUGGCGGUCCGGGUCAGGACGCGCCCGACGUCGUUUGCCAGCGACGGGCGCCCGACCGUCGCGGUGCACGUGCGGAGGGGCGACGUCAAGCGGCUCAGCGCGAACAAUCACAGGUGGUCGCCAGACUCCUGGUACCUGGACAAGAUCAACAAGAUCAGGCACAUCUCGGAGGCGUCCAGGCGGGGGUUGA